AUGUCUGCUAUCAACAAGAUUGUCAAGCGUUCGAGCUCCCAGCCCAGUGAAACCGACCUCCUUGUUGCACAAUGUCUCUUUGAUUUAGAGAACUCUUCUAAGGACAUGGCCAAGGAGCUCCGCCCUCUCCAAAUUACUUCUGCUCGUGAAGUCGAAGUUGGAGCUGGUAAGAAGGCAAUCGUUGUUUUCGUUCCCCAACCUCUUCUCACCGCUUUCCACAAGUGUCAAGCUCGUUUGACCCGCGAGCUCGAGAAGAAGUUUGCUGACCGUCAUGUCAUUUUCAUUGCUCAACGUCGUAUUUUGCCCAAGCCUGGCCGUAAGUCCCGUGUUGGUCAAAAGCGCCCUCGCUCUCGUACUUUGACCUCUGUUCACAGUGCCAUCCUCGAAGACAUUGUUUUCCCCACCACCAUUAUUGGUAAGCGUACCCGUCAAGGUACUGAUGGCCACAAGACUAUGAAGGUCUUCCUUGACAACAGAGACGCCAACACUGUUGACUACAAGUUGUCCUCUUUCUCCAACGUCUACCACAAGCUUACCGGUAAGACCGUCAACUUUGAGUUCCCCGUCACCACUGGUGAAGGCUUGUAAGCAAUAAAAUUUACGUUUUGCGUUUGCAUCGGUU